AUGAGCAUAUCAAGCCAUUCGCCGAUAUUAGGUGCAAAUGAAGGCAGUAACAAUGCAGCAUCCUCCACAUCUGAGAAUAAGCAAAAAAGGAAACGUAAUAGAGUCCCUUUGAGUUGCACGAUAUGUCGAAAGAGAAAAGUUAAAUGUGAUAAAGGACGACCUCAUUGCCAACAGUGUAUCAAAACAGGUGUGGCACAUCUUUGCCAUUAUAUGGAACAAAGUUGGGCGGAAGAAGCAGAGAAGGAGAUAUCUAAGGAGAGUGAACUUAAGCAAUUAAGAGAGCGGGUAAAAUGUCUUGAAGAGAGUUUAUCAAAGGUACAUUCUUCAGCGUGUAGCAAUACACCCGAAAGCAACAUAUUGGGGUUAGAUGAAAUCACCUCUGCACCUGCGUCCCACUGCGGAGAAGAACCGAAGUCAAUAUCUCAGCAGAAUAAGUACAAUAAUGAUGAGCUAGAUUUAACAAGGCAAUUUGAUAUGUUACAUUUGAAGAACAAUGGUACUAUACAUCUUGGUGCAACCCAUUGGCUCGCGAUCAUGAAGGGUGAUCCAUAUUUGAAGUUGCUAUGGGGCCAUAUUUUCUCUGUGAGGGAGAAAUUGGCUGAAUGGUAUAGUCAAAAAAGAAAAGUUCCAAACCAAAAGACCAAUCACAAUAUGAGCGCUACUGGUCAACCUGCACGCUGCCCAGUUGAUCAUACCAAACUACAUGCGGAAAUGGGUAAACAACAACCUAGAUGUCCUGUUAAUCAACAAGCAUUGAGAAAAUGCCCAGUUGACCAUGCUUCACUGAGUGAAAAUAUGGGUAAUAUGAUGAAUGCAUCCUCGGUUUCAAGGUGCCCAGUAAACCAUGGUACUAUGACUGUGAAGCAGGAGCAAGAUAAAACAGGCCUACAACUACCCGGACGUCCAUCUUUAUCAAAUGGCCGGUCCUUACCUUCCUUCGAGAACUUGACAUCAAAAUGCCCGCUCACACGCGGCCCAUUUACCCCCCUCAAUGAUCCGGUAAAUAAUACCAAGCAGCAAAGUCCUCCAUUACCAAGGCCAAUGCAACAACAGCAACAGCAACAGCAAGCACAUAGUGGGAUACGGGACGAAAGCCCCCAAUCAAUCGAACUAGUCACUGCAAGAAUCUGCCAGCUGCUCCCUCCAAAAAGGGUAAUAUUCUCAUUCAUUGACAAAUUCUUCAAACAAAUAUAUCCGGUUAUCCCAAUUAUUGAUGAACAAAAUUUCAAGCAUCAUAUGAACCAAAUACUACAGAUAAAACCAUACCCAAAUGGUGAUGAGGAACCUGUCGCACAACUCCGUUUAACGAAAUUGGCAGAUUUCUGUAAUUUGGGUAUUCUGGUGAUUAUAUUAAGGUUAACAUGGUUAUCGCUGCCUGCAAACGCGUGCGAAAUUAAUCUGGGGCCAGGAUGUGCUUCAUUUUUGAUGCCACAGGCUACAACAUCAACAAUCUCACAAGCAAAGGAGGAAUCUCUUUUAAAUAAAUACGAGACGCCGGUCGAGGUUUUAGAAUUGGUUCGCGAGCGCUUGAUUAAGUUUGAUGAAAUUUCCAGCAUUUCAAACAGUAAUGUUAACUUGACAACAAUUCAAUUUGCUAUUUUCUAUAAGUUAUAUCUCAUGUGUUGGGCGAAUGAUAAACCAACGCAAAGUGGUGAUUCUGACAUGCUUCUUUCUAGUACUGCCAAUAAUGGCGGUGGUCAGGAUAAUGAAACGCAUCAAGUGUUACUUUCAAGUAUCACGCAGAUGGCUUUCAGUUGUGGGUUGCACAGAGACCCCGACAAUUUUCCUCAGUUGAAUGCUGUAGCUCACACCCAACCUGAUUCUACUGGUAAUGCAAAUACGCAAGGAAACACCUCCACUACACAAGGGAAUGGAACAACUAAAAUCAACAAAGAAGCACGAGCAAAUACUGAAAGGUUUAAGCAUACGUGGAGAAAAACAUGGUAUUAUAUUGUUUCAUUGGACGUGCAGCAAUCUUUAUCAUUGGGAACGCCACGGUUGUUGAGGAAUCUGAAGGAUUUUAGUGAUACAAAAUUGCCUUCUGCUUCCAAAAUUGACUACGUUCGCGAUAUAAAAGAGCUUGUGAUUGUAAAAAAUACCACGUUGUUUUUCCAGAUAGAUUUAUGUAUAGUUGCCGUGCUGAACCACAUUUUGAAUGUCUCAUUGGCUAAGACUGUUAGAAAAUUCGAAUUGGAUGCUCUGAUAAACUCACUAAGUGAUUUGACUCAUGGAAAGAAGAAUAUAAGUGAAGUUGUCAGUGGACUGAUUAAUUCGGGGCUCCUCUUCACAACGGAAGGAGUCGUGGAUCAAAAUUCGGAUGAAGUGUAUGGUUUACCAAGUCUAGAGGAGAUUUUAUUACAAAAAGCAAGAGGAAUGGAUAAUGAAGUCGAUAAAAAGCUUGAUCUUGCGCACGAGUCUACAACAAAGGCACUGUUCUUUUCGAAACAUCUUACAAUAAGAAUGCUUCUCUAUCUGCUGAAUUAUAUACUAUUCACGCAUUACGAGCCAAUGGGAUCUGAGGAUCCGGGUACAACUAGCAUGGCUAAGGAAUAUGCCCAGGAAGCUUUAAAUUAUGCUCUGGAUGGUUACAGAAAUUGCAUGCUGUUUUUCAAUAACCUUAAGACAUCCGGCACCACAAGUUCAAUGUUCGGUUAUAUGGAAGUUGUUCUGGCACCCCAGUGUUUGGACGUGGGCCAUCGUGCUUUGCAGUUUAUCGUGUGUUUAGUGCUGAGGGCUAAAUGUGGCCCCCUUACAGGUAUGGGAGAAAGCGCAAUCAUUAGCAAUGGUGUGGUUAGUAGUAGCGAGGAUGAGCACGAAGCGUCUACUUCAAAGAAAAGGGAAACCACUGCGGAAUUGGAUGACGAUGUUGCUAAAGAAAUAAGUCUUGACUUGGGUGAAUCACUGGCGGAUUUGCUUCUCGAGAGAAUGAUUUUAUUUCACAAAAUGGCAAAACAAGCCUGUAUAAAAUACCAUUAUGCUAUUCGAAUGAUGAAAUCUACCGGAUUUUUCAUUGCGUUAUUGAGGAACCCAAGUUCCAAGAUGAAACAUGAACAAAGGAUAGGAAGUUUGUUAAGCGAUAAGAGGGAGCUUUCCAACAUGUCUGGCUUUCUGAAGAACGUCCCUUCACUUAUUCUGUCGGCAGAUGGGGAGCAACUAAAAAGAUGUCCAGUUUAUCAGGAUGCUGUAGGAUUUGUAACACCAAAAGGUUCAACUCAUCAUUUUUCAACUGCAGCAUCGAAUAAUAGUGCUCGUAUUGGUACCCAACUCCCUCCCCUCAGGUCUUAUAAGCCAAUAACUUAUAACAGCAGUAAUGUCCGACGGACUUCUGAAGAGGACGAACCUGAUGUCAAGAGACGUCACUUGAGCACUGCGACAUCGGAACCCAUGAAACUGACUGAUCUGGUUUCGUCUCCAUUGCCCCCAAUGCAGCGCAUGUCUCCGCCAGCAAUGGCAUCCGUGGGGGCACCCCAGGGUUUGGGUAAUUUGCCACCCUUGGAUAGAAUCGCUGGUCAAUUAACCCCAGUGCCAAUCCAAAAUACACCCGUUCUCAACACAGUAAGCAAUACGUUUCCAAAUAGUACUGGAGUCACGUCCUCCAACGAUAUACAAUUUAGUGGAGUCGGGAAUUUCACUUCACCUGAGUCAGAGGUCUCUUCUGUGCACUAUACACCAGCGUUCGAAGAUUUUUUGAUGCAGAACUCUAACUUUAACGGAAUAAUGAUCAAUCCAUCUAGUAUAGUAGAGGCAGUUGGCUUUCACAACUUUGACAGUGGUGAUAUACCUAUGGGCAAUGAGACAGUAGAUUUUCUGCCCAUUGAUAACACAGCUAUCGACGGCCUGUCCGAGUUAGCAGCGGACUUUCCCGUCUGGGAGUAG